AGCCAGGCCCUGCUGGGUUGGGGGCUGUGACCUGCCCCCUCAGCAAGGCAGAUCCCUGGCCUGGAGGAGUGGUGCGGGGGGAGGGGCCGGAGCACCACAUCAUGUAACCAUCUAACAGGUUGGUCGGGCUGGGAGGUGCCCGCCCUCCUGCAGCUAAUGAGCACUGUACGACAGGUGUUUGCUCCUCAGUCCCCAGCCUGCCGGGCCUGCGACGGGAGCCAGCUGCCAACGCCACCCCACAGAGGAUCCCUCGCUCAUCCCUGCGGCCCGCCCCGCUCCAGGGCCCGGGGGCCGGGAUGGCCUGCCGCUCCUGCGUCGUUGGCUUCAGCAGCCUGAGCAGCUGUGAGGUGACUCCAGCGGGCGGUCCCCGGGCUGGGGACCUCGGAAAUGGGGGGGCUGCGAAGCCCCCAGGCGGGUCUCAGUGGUCAGCUGGCACAUCCAAGGUGACGAGUGAACCCAGCCUGCUGGUGCCCUGGACUUCCAAGGCUGGACCCGGCCCAUCCAGCAGCAGAGACCAAGAAAAGGAGGAGAUGAAGGUUCUCAAUGAUAAAUUUGCCUCCCUGAUUGGCAAGGUGCAGGCCCUGGAGCAGCGAAACCAGCUGCUGGAGACGCGCUGGAGCUUCCUGCAGAGCCAGGGCUCCACCGCCUUUGACCUUGGGCACCUCUACCAGAAGUACGAGGGCCGGCUGCAGGAGGAGCUGCGCACAGUGAGCCAGGAGCGGGGGCAGCUGGAGGCCAACCUGCUGCAGAUGCUGGAGAAGGUCGAGGAGUCUCGGAUCAGGUACGAAGACGAGAUCUCCAAGCGCACAGACAUGGAGUUCACCUUCGUCCAGCUGAAGAAGGACCUGGACACAGAGUGUCUUCGACGGACCGAACUGGAGACCAAGUUGAAAAGCCUGCAGAGCUUCGUGGACCUGAUGAAAACCGUCUACGAGCAGGAGCUGAAGGACCUGACAGCCCAAGUGAAGGACCUGUCAGUGACCGUGGGCAUGGACAGACGCUGCCACAUCGACCUGAGCGGCAUCGUGGAGGAGGUGAAGGCCCAGUACGAUGCCAUCGCGGCUCGCAGCCAGGAGGAGGCUGAGGCGUACUCCCGGAGGCAGCUGGAGGAGCGGGCCGCCUGCUCAGCCGAGUUUGGGAACAGCCUCCAGAGCAGCCGCAGCGAGAUUGCUGACCUCAAUGUGCGCAUCCAGAAGCUCCGAUCCCAGAUCCUCUCCGUCAAGAGCCACUGCCUGAAACUGGAGGAGAACAUCAAGGAGGCCGAGGAGCAGGGUGAGCUGGCCUUCCAGGAUGCCAAGGCCAAGCUGGCCCAGCUGGAGGAGGCCCUGCAGCAGGCCAAGAAGGACAUGGCGCGGCAGCUACGAGAGUACCAGGAGCUCAUGAACACGAAGCUGGCCCUGGACAUUGAGAUCGCCACCUACCGCAAGCUGGUGGAGGGCGAGGAGAGCAGGAUGGACUUGCCUCCGGCCGCUGUGGUCAGCACUGUGCAAUCCAGACCCAGGACUGCUGCCUCCAAGUCCCACCUGGCCAGAGCCCCCUUCCGGAAGAAGAAGAACAGCAGAGGCCCCGUGAUCAAAAUCACCGAGAUGUCAGAGAAGUUCCUCCUGCAGGAGUCAGAGGCCUCCGAGUGAGGCAGCUGGACACCGGGAGCCCCAAGUCACCCUGCAGCAGGAGAGACUGGAGCCAGACUCAAGGAAGCUCUUCAGAGCCUCUAGGUUGCAAGGGGAGGCAAACCUGAUUCUGAACUGAGAAGAGCUCAAACAAUGAGUGUUGGGACUGCCCACCAGCUUUUCAAAGUCACUCCACUCGGCAUCAGCAUCUCACAAUCCACCUUUCCAACCUCUGGCCAGCGGCUUCCUGACGGGGUAAACGGGAAGUGGGGUCAGUUUUAUCUCCACCUCCUCGCUCCUCUGAGACUCCUCCCCAACAGAGGGCUCUGAGCAGGUCCCUUUGACCCUUUUGCCCAACCCUUGCCCUAAACUCACAUCUCAAGCCUCGCCUCGCCUCGCCUCGCCUCAAUCUCUGUGCAAGGCUGGUGCCCUCAUUCACCCAGACCCAGCCAUGGACCAGGGACAGUGAGGAUUGCUUAUCCCCCUCCCAGUAUC